AUGGCGGAUUCAGAAGCAAUGGAGGUAAAAUUGUUGGAAUGGAUUAAAUCCCUUGAAAUUCAAAACGAACACGAUGUGCUUGAAAUACCUACAAACUUAAACAUUUAAAAGACUUUCGUGGCGAGGAAGACUUGCAUAAUCUACCCUUAAAAAAGGCAGAGGCACGAAGGUUUCUUUGUGGCUUGGUGAAAUGCGAUGGUUUCUACAAACUUAAACAUUUAAAAGACUUUCGUGGCGAGGAAGACUUGCAUAAUCUACCCUUAAAAAAGGCAGAGGCACGAAGGUUUCUUUGUGGCUUGGAAGAACUAGAGAAAAAUUGCUGGCAGUUUUGUCCUGUGAGCGAUUCAAAGGAGGAUGACGAACGGUCUGUCCAUAUAACCGUCCCGCCUACAAAGAUAACCCUUGGAGGUGUGAAGAUGACUGAAAAACUACGGAAACAGUUUGAGAAGGAGAACGUUAUUAUCACAAAUCCACUAAAUGAUAAACACAGAUUCUUCAAUGACGUUUUUGCUACGUUAUUCAACACUUCUUAUGCAAGACUACAAAGCAGAUUUGUACAUUAUUUUAAGGCAGAAAGGAAACAAAGAUGGGAAUUCAAAUGUAACAUUUCAAAAGUUGAGGCAAAGUAUGACAUAUUAGUACACAAGCCAGUGGGGCAAGGUGGCGGAUAUGGUCUAGGUAAUUACUUAGUUUUACCAUCAAAGUUUGACAAAAAUAAUAUUAGUGUGGUAAGGGGUGGUAUUGAUGAACUUCAAAUUUUGAAUACAAAUGUCCAAGACCUGAAUGACAAGUUGGUUAAGGACAGAAAAGAACGGUUGAUGGAUGAAAAUAACAUCAUUAAAAAGUGGGCAUCAACAGAGCAAGAGCCAUAUAAUCUUGACGCUUUGAAUACAUGUGAACUGCUAAAAGGUGAGUAAAAUAUUGGAGGUUUUGUGUGUGUGUGUGUUGUGUGUGUGUGUGUGUGUGUGUGUGGGGGGGGGUUAUAUAACAUUAACAAUAUAUUAACAAUUCAAUACCUGUUUUGUGUUUCUGCUUAAAACAGCGUUUUUCCUACCAACAUUGUGAAUUAAUUGUAAUAUUUAAUUUGUAUUUAUCACAGGAAAAAUUGAUACUACGAUUGAAAAAUUGAGAAAUACAUUGAAAUCCAUGAUGUGCUUGCCCAGUGAGCAAGUGUACAAAGACAAAUCAGCACAAAAAGCAUCCAGACGUAUAAAAGAAAACCAGCAUCAUGGCAAGAAAAGGAAGGUAUUAAAAUCUCAUUUAUAAAUAUAUUUAUAAUACUUAAUAGGUGCUUUGUUGUUAAAAUUUUGAAAUAUUAUCUAGACUUGAACUAUUUCACUCUUUCAGAGAGAGAGGCUGCAGAGGUUCACUUUGGAAGUUGCCAAACGUCUGGGGGCAACAAUUUGUGGAGAUUUAUACAGUCCACUAGAAACUGGUGAUGCACAACUGAGUGCAGAUGAUGUCAAGGAGACGGUUGAGCUCCUGUCUGUUUACUCCAAAAAUGAAAGAUUGCUUGAAGCUCUGAAUCAGCUGCGAGAUGACCUGCUUGAUAGUACUGCAUGGGAAGUUGUGAUGCAGUGGUUUAAUGAUGAGGAUUAA